UGUGAUUGCGCGUGCAAUGUUUUUGUAUUGGCGCUAAAAAUUUACAAGUUUUUUGUGCUUUGCUGUUUGUAUAAUUAAGCAAUGUCUGUUUUAUACCAAAGAUUUCUAAAAGUACUCGAAAAGUGGCCAGCGGAGAAAUCUAAAGUCGGCAGGGAUCUGGGAGAGCAAAUCCGCAAGCAAGUAACCAAAUUGACAGACGCCGCCAGCCUGAGCAGCGAGCAGAGCGUCGCGCUGAGCAAACAAAUUGACGCCUUGGAGAGGCUUUCAAACAACGUAUACUUGAAGAAGUAUUCACGUCAUUACGACUCCACCGCUACAGGCUUGAAUGCGGCGCAGUGCAGCCAAGUGCUGAGCUCAGAGUUUCUACAAUAUCUAAACGACGGCAAACGCAAGUAGAUGUAUAUAAGCAUGAUGACUCCAAGCCCCCAAUUCGUGACUAAGUUAAGAGCAACAAUUAUAACAACAACAACAACACUACGUAAGCAAAGUACAACUGCGGCCACGCCUACAACGCGCCAUGUGCCUGUGCUUUGCCAGACGGCUAUUGAAUAUCUACAGCCUAUGUCUAAAGGCAAAUAUAUAGACAUGACUUUUGGCGCUGGUGGACACACACGUCGUCUGCUGGACAGCUGCCCAGAGGCUACAGUAUACGCGCUGGAUCGUGAUCCAACAGCGCAUGAGCUGGCGCAGCGUAUGAGUGAGGAGCCGGCGUAUGCAGGCAGACUGGUGCCACUGCUGGGCAAGUUCUCAGAGCUUCCACAGCUGUUGCAACAAGUGAACAUAUGUCGGCAUAGCAUCGACGGGAUGCUUUUUGAUUUUGGCUGUAGUUCUAUGCAAUUUGAUGAAGCGGCACGUGGAUUUUCCAUCUCCCACGAUGGUCCGCUGGAUAUGCGCAUGGAUGGUGGGCGCAGUGGCGGGAUUAGUGCAGCCGAUGUGCUGGCACGUGCUGAAGAAGAAGAUCUGGCACGCAUCCUGCGCGUUUAUGGCGAGGAAAAGGCUGCUAAGAAGAUCGCUCGUGGCAUUGUGGAGGCGCGUGCUGCACUGCAGCGCAUUGAAACCACACGCCAGCUGGCGGAUUUGGUCUCAGCCUUGCUGGGCGAGGGCAACCGCUUGGAUCGACUACAGCGUCCAGCACAUGUGGCCACCAAAACAUUUCAAGCGCUGCGCAUAUUUGUUAACAACGAGCUGAAUGAGAUUAAUUAUGGCAUGUUGCUAGCGCAGGAGUUUCUACGCGCUGAGGGUCGCCUGGUGGCCAUAACCUUUCACUCGCUGGAGGACACCAUUGUCAAGCGUCAUCUCAAUGGCAAUGUUAUUGAAGGUGUAGCCAAUCCCGUGCCGCUUAAAUAUUGUGGCCACGAUCUCACCUACGAUCCGCAGCUGCUGGAGUCCUUUGUGCAAACCAACUGGCGUCAGCUGCAUCGUCAUGUCAUUGUGCCAGCAGCCGAGGAGUUAUCCCAAAAUAGUCGCAGUCGUUCGGCCAAGCUGCGUGCUGCAAUUAAAAUUAAAUAAUAUACAUUUUAUGAUGUUGGAAAGUCAGGAAUAAAUAAGCGAAUGUCCACGACUGUUGCUCUGCUAAUUACAAUGUAUACUUUCGUUUCCAGUUGCCUGUUAUCGGACUUACCAAUUGGCACCUUGUGAUAAGGCACGUUUAUUUAUCUGUUUAUUCCUUGUUGUUGCGAUAUUUAUUUAUUUCUAUUUUGUGUGUGUUUUGUUGUUGAAUUUGCUUUUUCGGUUUGCGUUAGAUUAUGAACUCUCAUUACUAUGGCUCAGGUAGUGGUCAAAGUUAUGCACAGUGGUGCGCAAGAAAGGAAUUUAAAAUAUUAGCAGCAUGCUUGAAAAUC